CUGGGAUUUUCUGUCGCUAAUAUUCUACUCCAUUCAUGGAUUCGCCGGCGACGGGAUUUCGGGGACCCGCAGAGUGGGCGGCGCCGGCGUUGAAGGAUUUGCUGCCGGAUCUGUCCCGUGAGGAGCAACUAUGGCUGGAGAACGGCUUCCAGCCGGCCGGGCGAAGGCGCAAGGGACGACGCAUCACCAAGCAGAAACUUCUCCCGGAAGUUCCUCCUUCCAUCCCCGCGCAGCGCACAGAAGGAGAGCGUGAUGCCUGGCUCAUCGGGUCAGUCCAAGCUGCUCUCUGCCACUACAAUGCUAGGCACCAGGGUGGCGAGUUUGAUGCCGUGAAGCCCCUGAUGGAAGACCGAGUUGGUUUCAGGGACCAGGUGUGGUUCCACCUCAACUUCUGGGCUCGUAGCCGCAGCACCAACAAAAUCAAGCGCUUCUUCGCCGAGGUGCACUACAAGCCAUCCUCUGACACCUCCAAAUACCCACGUGCAACUCCCAUCGUUGAAAUAUGCACCAUCAUUGAAGAGCCUCUUUCCCAGUACAGGAGGGCGUGUGCAUUUUGUGCCGCCAGUUAUGAAAUUUUGCACCCUAAGGGGUGCCGCAAGUUUGUUUGCGGUAAUGACAAGGACCGGUUCGAACAACGUCUCGUGCGGUGUGGCUCUAUGUGCAUCGAGCCACCAUUCAGUUGCCCCUCCAAGAUUGAAAGGCAGGGUCUGCCUUAUCGCUCCUCAUCGUCUUCGCCAUCACAAUGACCGAUCGAUAUCCCUCUUCUUUCUACAACGUACGUCAGUCAGGAAUUAGCUUGAUAAUCAUAGCUGGUCUUACCAGAAAGUAGGGGUUGUAUAUACUAUCCAGUGUUGAGUAAUGUCAUAGAUUUUG